UAUAAAACCAGACUUACUGGCCUGACAAUCAGUGCAUGCGAUAACCACGAGUGCCUGUUUAGUAUACAAUAUCGACUUUGGCCAGAACCUCACACAGACCUUAGAAAGACAGAAUGGACGGACAGCGGACAGGAUUAGCAGCAGUGCCUGAGAUGGACCCUUCUCUGAGGCAAGAUAAAUGUGAACAAGCCAACAGCACCAAACGUCUGAGCAAGCAGAUCCUUGCCAUUAUUGUUGUUGGUUCCAUUAUUCUUGUUGGGCAGUAUUCCCUAUGGCCAACAUUACAACCUUCCCAUCCAAUACCAGUUCACUUCCAGAUGCAGGAGGCAAAGGUCAUCAGUUGGACAAAUUGGUCAGAUUCUACCACACUAAAACCCAUCAAAAGUAGUAGGCCUACCAUCAUUCUGCUGUGGUAUUAUCCCUUUCGUGGAAAUACCAGAGUAGCUGCCAGUUAUUGCAAUGAUAAAUAUGGCAUUACCGACUGUGUCUUAGUGACCAAUCAGUCCUGGUUCCCCAAAGCAGACCUGGUUGUCUUCCACAACCGUGAGUUGGUCACUGGAAGGCGUACGUUACCACUGAAUCUGACUCGGCCAAAAACCCAGAAAUGGGUUUGGCUAUCCUUGGAGAGUCCACCGCACAAUGGAAAUAUGAGGCCCCUCGCCGGUCACUUCAACUACACCAUGUGUUAUCGCCGGGACUCAGACAUUUACGCGCCGUAUGGCUGGCUUGUGCCAAGCAAAGCUCCUAUUGGCACAACUGUUGAUGACUUCAUACCAAAGGGCAAAACUGGUCUGGCCUGUUGGAUAGUGAGCAACUUCAAGGCUAGACAUUUGAGGACACAAGUGUACAACAAGCUGAAAAAUGUCAUCCCGGUGGAUGUGUAUGGAGGAGCAAGAAAUAAACGUAUCUCUGCUGAUACUGUCCUACCCACAAUAUCUCGUUACUAUUUCUACCUCUCCUUUGAGAACAGCGUUGCUACAGACUACAUCACGGAGAAAGUUUGGUCAAACGCUUUUAAGGGUGGUGCCAUACCAGUGGUUUUAGGCCCGCCACGGGAACAAUACGAGGCAGUCUUGCCAAAGAACUCCUUCAUCCAUGUGAAUGACUUCAGCACAGUAGAGGAACUGGGCCACUUCAUGAAGACACUGGCUGCAGAUAAAGAGCGCUACGCCACCUACUUCGCCUGGCGUCUGAACUAUACCGUUGGUGGGUAUAGAGGAUUGGUGGAGAGACUGUGCAAUGUCUGCCCAAUUCUUAGCAGUUUGCCUACAUCAAAGAUAUAUCAGGACUUACAUGGCUGGAAUUGGCAAUGAAAGCUGGAAGAAUUUUUUUUUUUUUUUUUUUUUUAAAAGGGCUACUGGUAGCCUAUGCAAUCUCACUUGACUUUAAGGCACUUUAAGACAUAUUGGCACCUUCUGUGUUCUUUUAGAAAGUGUUUGUUCAAUAACUGCUCAGGUAUACAUAGUAGCCAAUACUCUUUGAAAUAGGGCAAGUUGACACAAAUUCAGUCAAUUAUUACUUUAGUAUUAUUAGGCUACUAUAUUGUCCUUGAGAUGUCAAUUAAAGUUACCCACAACCCCUUAACCCGGUUAAGACGAACUGAGACAUGGCAAACAGAUGGCUGUUUAAUGAAAGCACUUCCAGGGAAGUUGAAAAUAAUCAAAUUUGCUUUUAAAAAUCAGGUAAACAUUAUUAGCUUAGUCUAGCUGCCACUUCACAUACAGUAGCUCGCAAGAUAGAUUGUGCAGAGGGGAAAUUUCUAGCCAGCUAUCUCAAAGGCACACACACACACACACACUCCAAUGUUUACACCAAACAGUAGGCUUAUUGGACCUUUUGCAGAACUGUGCAGAUGCAUGCUGACCUUUUACACAACGCAAACAAGCCCAGCAUGCAUCACACUCAGCCAGAUCUGCACAGUGCUGCAAGACAUCAAAUUGACAUUAAGAUAUUCAGUUAGUGAGUUGCUUCUAGGGAUUAUGAGAAAAUGGUACUUUGUCAAUGUCAAUUUAUUUAUAUAGCACUUUUUAAAAAACAACAGUUGACCAAAGAGUAUUUGUGUAAUUUGUCUGAGAGAUAUAGGUGGGGGCUUUGACAGUCAAGAAUUUAAAGGUCAUUAGCAAAAUCUCAAAAUGAAUCCUAUGGUGAACAGGGAGCCAGUGAAGGGAGGCUAAGAUGAGAGAAAUGUGUUCUUGCUUACAGGUACCAGUUAAGGGGUGAGCUGCUGCUUUUUGAACCAAUUGCAAAUGGGAAAGGGAGGCCUGGCUGAGGCCAACAUAUAGAGUCCAUAAAGGUUAGGCAAGGCUUGAUUUCAGAUAGGGUUCUUAACUGAAAGAGACUAGCUUUGACUAGUGUUGACUAUGGACUUUGUUGUUCUAAUGUUUAUUUUUUCUCUAAACUGUUUAUUGUGGCGUCUCAAGAUAUGUGGAUGGGCACAGGGUGCGAUUUGUGUAAAAACCAGGGGGGGGGGAUGAAGGAACGAUUCAUAGCCUAGUAAUG